AUGAGCGGCAAGAUCUUCUUCCUUCUUUUCCUUGGGGCUCUCUUUUGCAAUUCCAGUGCAAGAACGCUCAAGGAGACUGGGGAAUUGAAGGAUGAGAAGUGGUUCAAGCAUGGCGGAGGCCUAGGCGGAGGUGGGGGUUUUGGCGGUGGUUUUGGGGGAGGAGCAGGUUUCGGAGGUGGAUACGGAGGUGGCAGCGGUGUAGGAGGAGGCUACGGUGGGGGUGCAGGGGGUGGGUAUGGCGGUGGUCUAGGUGGUGGAUAUGGAGGGGGUGCAGGGGGAGGGUAUGGUGGCGGUCUCGGCGGUGGACAUGGAGGAGGUGCAGGGGGUGGGUAUGGUGGCGGUCUCGGCGGUGGACAUGGUGGGGGUGCCGGUGCUGGGUAUGGGGGUGGGGCAGGAGGUGGUGUCGGAGGUGGUGCGGGUGGUGGUUACGGAGGCGGGAUAGGUAGUGGCCAUGGAGGCGGCGCUGGCGGUGGGUAUGGAGGCGGGAUAGGUGGUGGCCAUGGAGGCGGCGCUGGCGGUGGGUAUGGAGGCGGCGCUGGUGGUGGACACGGCAGUGGUGCCGGUGGCGGGUAUGGAGGUGGUGCAGGCGGUGGGCAUGGGGGUGGUGCCGGUGGCGGGUAUGGUGGUGGUGCCGGUGGCGGACAUGGAGGUGGUGCUGGUGGCGGCUAUGGAGGCGGUGUAGGUGGUGGGCAUGGAGGUGGUGCUGGUGGUGGCUAUGGGGGCGGCGUAGGUGGCGGCGUUGGCGCUGGUGCCGGUGGUGGUUAUGGCGGUGGCGCAGGUGGCGGUGUUGGAGGAGGUGCAGGGUUGGGUGGCGGAUAUGGCGGGGGAGCUGGCGGUGGCUUCGGCAAUGGUGGCGGGUUUGGAGGCGGCGGUGGAUUUGGAGGCGGUGGGGGGAUUGGAGGUCACAAGAAGGCAGUGAGUGGCGGGUCGCCUUAA